AUGUCCGAAUUGCCCGAAGGUUGGAUAGCCCGUGUGUCAUCAUCGACAGGUCGCACCUACUACGUCAACACUUCAACGAAAAAAUCUCAGUGGGAUAGACCGACCGCUAGUAGCGAAAAAAUACGCUGCAGUCACCUCUUGGUUAAGCACGCCGAUUCAAGACGUCCAUCAUCAUGGAGAGAGAAGAACAUCACACGUAGCAAAGAAGAUGCCGUUUGUAUCAUUAACGGCUACAAGGACGAUAUAGAAUCAGGGAAGAAAACGUUUGAAGAGUUGGCUUCCCAGUUUAGUGAUUGCAGCUCGGCUCGUAAUGGUGGUGAUCUUGGUUUCUUCGGUCGCUACCAAAUGCAGAAGCCUUUCGAGGACGCCGCUUUCGCCCUUCAAGUUGGAGAGCUGUGUGGGCCAGUGGAGACUGAUUCCGGUGUGCAUAUUAUUAAACGAACUGCAUGA